UCCCAUGGCUAUAUACAAUGUCAUACCGUAUCUUUGGCUGGGCAAAAGGAAAACAAUAAGAGAGAGAGAGAGAGAGAGAGAGAGAGAGAGAGCUGAGCUAGCAAAAUGGAGGGUGAGCUCAACAAUUUCUUAAGGUUAUCUGUUAUGGCCAUGGCAUCUCUACUCUACUGUUACUUGAUUGCAGCAAAGAUCCCAAAGGGCUUGCUAAGGCUCCUCUCCCUCAUCCCUGUCAUCACCCUCUUAUCUAUCAUCCCCUUCAACCUCCACAGCUUCCAUAUAGGUGUCCCGACCUGGUGUUACCUUGCUUGGUUGGCCAACUUCAAGCUUCUCUUAUUUGCCUUUGAGCAAGGCCCUUUAUCAUCUCCAUCAUCAUUAUCUCCAUGGGGUUUUCUUGCCUUUUUGCUCACAGCUGCUUUCCCAUUCAAAAUCAAACAAAACUUAUCUAAAACCAACUCAAAAGCAUUGCCAAAUUCAAUUUCAGAGGCUUCAAACAAAGCUGUGCUUCUAGCCUUGGUGCUCCAUUGUUAUAGCUACAAGCAGUAUUUUCACCAACAGGUCUUGCUAACCUUUUACUUCUUAUACUCUUACUUCUCAAUCCAACUCCUCCUGGCCGUGGGUGCAAUCCCGGGUCAGCUUAUCCUCGGCUUGGAACUCGAGCCACAGUUCAACGCACCCUUACUUUCCACUUCACUGCAAGAUUUCUGGGGGCAUAGGUGGAACCUCAGGGUCUCCGAUCUUCUUCGUGCCGCCGUAUAUGACCCCGUACGUCAUGUUUCUACACGUAUGAUUGGACCUCGAUGGGCCUCACUGCCGGCUGUUUUCGUGACGUUCUUCAUCUCGGGCCUGGUGCACGAACUGCUAUACCAUUACAUCACUCGUGCAAGCCCGACAUGGGAAGUGACUUUGUUCUUUGUCCUGCAAGGAAUGUGGGUGGAUAUGGAGAUUGUGCUGAAGAAAAAAAUGGUGGCGACCAACAGAUUUCGACUCCACAGGGCGGUUUCAGGACCACUGGCAUUGGCAUAUAUAGCAGUGACUGCUGCCUGGUUGUCUUAUACACAGAUUCUCAGACAUGGAAUAGAUGAAAAGAUCACCAGAGAAUUCAAUCUGUUUGUGGAUUUCCUCGAGGGCACACACAGCAUUCUCAGAAGAAACUUAGUUUUGCACUAAACAGUCAUGUAUUAGAGUUUACAAUUAUAAUUACUGGACCAUCUCAGCUUGCCAAUUACUACUUUGAAGCAGGAAAGCAUGCAUUAACAAGUCUUUGACAAAUGAAUUUGUAAUUCAA